AUAAUUUUUCACUCCAGAAAUUAAUGAUCAUGAGCUCGUAUUUGAUGGACUCUAACUACAUCGAUCCGAAAUUUCCUCCUUGUGAGGAAUAUUCACAAAAUAGCUACAUCCCAGAACACAGCCCUGAAUACUACAGCCGCAUGAGAGACACUGUCUACCAGCAUCACCACCAGGAGUUGUAUCCUCCGCGAGUGACCUACCAGGAGCGCCCGUAUAACUGUGUAAGCAUCCCCGAGCCCGAGCCCCAGACUGGUCAUGGGCUUACACACUCGGGGAAUCUUCUCGCGGGGAAGGCACAGACAGCUCCACGUGAGCCCUUGCCACCGUUACCCACAUCCCCUACGACCCCACCGACUGCGCCGCCUACCUGCAUCCAAGCCACCCCGGAGCAUCCCAUCAGCUCUACCUCGUCUAAGCAGCCUGUAGUGUACCCAUGGAUGAAGAAAAUCCACGUCAGUACGGCGAAUCCCAAUUACAAUGGAGCAGACGCAAAGCGGUCCAGAACAGCUUACACUCGCCAGCAGGUCUUAGAACUGGAGAAGGAGUUUCACUAUAACCGCUACCUAACUCGGCGAAGACGCAUCGAGAUUGCCCACACCCUGGUUCUCUCCGAGCGCCAGAUCAAAAUUUGGUUUCAGAACCGAAGGAUGAAGUGGAAAAAAGACCAUAGGCUACCCAACACGAAAGUGAGAUCCUCCUCCAACACUAGCGUUAUCUCCGGGUCCAACACAGCGUCAACAACAGCCAGCACUCUCCAGCGUGCGGUGGUCUCCAACACUGUGCCAGCUUCGGAGGAACUCUCUCGAGUGUCCGUAGUCGAAAGAAACCAGGAUAUUACAAGGUUAUAGACAAACAAUAAUAUCUAACAAAUAGGAAGAAAAAACAACGGAUUAUUUAUACAAAAAAUACAUAUUAUUUUUUAUAUAUUUGUUCCUCGUAGUGUUCUUGUGCGUAAACGGGGUUUUCCUCUAAGUCCACAGUUAUUCACGAUUGCAUGUUACAUAGCAUGGAUUACUGUAGAUAUCAAUGCAUUAUUACGGUUAUCAGGGUUAAUUUAUUUAUGAUAGAAAUUGUUACAUUUUUUUGUAAAACAUUUUUGACAACAAUAAUGGACAUUAUCAAUGAAUUUGAAUGUCAAUAGAUCUACAUGCACAAUAGUUUUAUUUAUUCUCUGAAAAAGAAUGGUAGGGUAAUUUAUUUAUUUUUUAAUCUCAGAAGUGACAGUAACAAUAGCAAGUAUACGUACUAUUAAAACAAUAUAUUGCAAUAGCCUACAUGUGAAUCAGUGAAAUGUUGUGAAUUAUUUUUCAGCACAACCUCUUAUCAGGAAAAGUCAAUCUUAGGUAAUGAGUGUAGUGUGUUUUGUGAUGACUUUUCUGUGAUUUAGUUUUAUUUUGAAUUGAUCAGAUGCAACAAAAUACGUAUUUGUGAUGAUCGCAGUGGUCAAUAAAACAGU